AUGUUCAGAUCAGCAUUGAAGAAUAUUACAUCUAAGAGACUCCAAUCCACUCUUCAUUUGGAGAAAGAAUUAUACGAAAUCAACAAGGCUAAGUACCUUCAAGAAACCGGUGCCAAACGAAUUUUCCCACCAUCACAAAAGCCAUCCGCUUCAAUCUUUCCAAAACUUGAGAAUAUCGACCCAAAGAAUGAUCUACAGUCUAGAGACUUCCACAGUGCUAAAUUAGGAAUCUACUCCGUGUCCAAGACUACUACCGGUAGACUCCCCGUUUAUAGUGAAAUCCGCAAGAACCAGAUUCGUGAAACUAUUGUCAGAAGAGUUGAAGGUGAUGUCCUACAACUAAAGAAAGAUUUGCAAGAAGCUUUGCCAUUCAUCGAUCCAGCCAAGUUCAAGGUCAUGCAAGAAAGUAAGAAAGUGGUUAUUAAAGGAGAUUAUGUCAACGAAGUGCGCAAUGUCUUGAAAGAGGUGCUUUAG